AUAAUAAUGUCAAAAGGAAAUCACUAAAAAGGAAAAAAAUCUGAACGUGUAAACCAUUCAGAUUGCAUUCUUCUUAUCAUCUUUCUCACUGUUUCAGCUUUCGGCCAAACUAUACUUCUUCUCCUCUCAUCAUCGAGUUAGAAUAAAAAAAAACAAGUGGGUUCUCUGAGAAAUAUUCGAUUUUUUUUUUAAAAAAAAAAGACUGAUGAUGACGCUUAACUCACUCUCUCCAGCUGAUUCCAAAUCUCUUUCUUCUUUCUUGGAUACCACCUCCCGGUUCAAUCCAACCCCCAAACUCCCAGGUGGGUUUAGUUUGAAGAAGAGGAAUCAACGGAGAGGUUUUGGAAAAGGAGUCAAGUGUUCAGUGCAGCAACCUCCUCCUCCAGCAUGGCCUGGGAGAGCUGUUCCUGAGCCUCCUCGUCAAUCUUGGGAUGGGCCUAAACCCAUCUCCAUCGUUGGCUCUACCGGUUCUAUUGGCACUCAGACAUUGGAUAUUGUGGCUGAGAAUCCUGACAAAUUUAGAGUUGUGGCUUUAGCUGCUGGUUCCAAUGUUACUCUCCUUGCUGAUCAGGUAAAGAGAUUUAAACCAGCAUUGGUUGCAGUUAGAAACGAGUCAUUACUCAAUGAGCUUAAAGAGGCUUUAGCUGAUUUGGACUAUAAACCUGAGAUUAUCCCUGGGGAGCAAGGAGUGAUUGAGGUUGCUCGCCACCCAGACGCUGUAACUGUUGUCACCGGAAUAGUAGGUUGCGCAGGACUAAAGCCUACUGUUGCUGCAAUUGAAGCUGGAAAAGACAUUGCUCUUGCAAACAAAGAGACAUUAAUAGCAGGCGGUCCUUUUGUGCUUCCUCUCGCCAACAAACAUAAUGUUAAGAUUCUUCCAGCAGAUUCAGAGCACUCAGCCAUAUUCCAGUGUAUUCAAGGCUUGCCUGAAGGCGCUCUGCGCAAGAUAAUCUUGACUGCAUCUGGUGGAGCUUUUAGAGAUUGGCCUGUUGAAAAGCUCAAGGAAGUUAAAGUAGCAGAUGCGUUGAAGCAUCCUAACUGGAACAUGGGAAAGAAAAUCACAGUGGACUCAGCAACGCUUUUCAACAAGGGUCUUGAGGUUAUUGAAGCUCAUUAUUUGUUUGGGGCUGAGUAUGACGAUAUAGAGAUUGUCAUACAUCCUCAGAGUAUCAUUCACUCCAUGAUUGAAACACAGGAUUCAUCUGUGCUUGCUCAAUUAGGAUGGCCUGAUAUGCGUUUACCUAUUCUCUACACCAUGUCUUGGCCUGAUAGGGUUCCUUGUUCUGAAGUAACUUGGCCUAGACUUGACCUUUGCAAACUUGGUUCCUUGACAUUCAAGAAACCAGACAAUGUGAAAUACCCAUCAAUGGAUCUUGCUUAUGCUGCUGGACGAGCUGGUGGUACGAUGACUGGAGUUCUCAGUGCAGCUAACGAGAAAGCUGUUGAAAUGUUCAUUGAUGAAAAGAUAAGCUAUUUGGAUAUCUUCAAGGUAGUGGAGUUAACAUGCGAUAAACAUAGAAACGAGUUGGUAUCAUCGCCGUUUCUUGAGGAGAUUGUUCACUAUGACUUGUGGGCGCGUGAGUACGCUGCUAAUGUACAGCUUUCUUCUGGUGCAAGGCCAGUUCCUGCCUGAUACAUAGUUGUUGGAGGGAUAUUGAUUAGUGGAAAUGAUUAAGAAAUGUUGUAACAAGUUUAGUGCAAAAUGUAUUUACUUUAACACCAUUUUGGCAAAGGAUUAUCUGUUCUAAGUUGUACUUAA